UAAAAAAUUAAAAAUAUAACAGAUGAAGAAAUAUUUAAAAAAUUUGCGUUCAAAUGUUUUAAUAAAAAAAAAUUUUUUUUUUUUUUAUUUUAAAAAUGAGUGUCCAGCUGUCAAAUAUUUGUUAUGUUUUUAUAAUUAUUAAUUUUGUGAGUAGAAUUGAAUAUUCAUUGGCGGUCAAUGGAGAUGAUGAUAAUAAUGAAGAAGAUAAUCUGACAAUUUCUAAUAGAAUUGUUGGAGGUCACCCAGAGCUUAUUAAUAAAUUACCAUUUAUGGUUUCAAUGCAAUGGCGACAUGAUUCUGAGCACUAUUGCGGCGGUAGUUAUAUUAAACCUAGAUUUGUGUUAACGGCAGCCCAUUGUCUUUGUCUGAGAAUUUCUCGCGGCCGAUGGACACCUUUCAACCCUUGGCUCUUUGUAGUUGUGGCUGGAAGUACAAAUCUUAAGUACGCUCCCACAUGGCAAAUACAAAAUAUUUAUAGACUGAUACCGCAUCAGCGGUUCAAUUUUCGCACUAUGAUUCAUGAUGUUGGGCUAAUACAGCUAGUUGAGCCUUUUCAUUUAACGAGUUACGUUAAUUUUAUAAAUCUUCCAAGCAGGAGAGAAAAUCAUGAGGAAAGUGAAAUUUGUGCGACUACAGGAUGGGGAGAUACAAAAACUCUUCAUUCGGCAAUUGUAUUGAGGAAAGUAGAAAUACCAUUAAUGAAUAAUGAAGAGUGUGGAAAAUAUCUAGGAGGAGAAAUACCUGAUACACAGAUGUGUGCAGGUAGAAAGGAGGGCGGUGUUGACGCUUGUCAAGGUGACAGCGGUGGCCCACUUAUUUGCAAUAAAACACAAGUGGGUAUCGUAUCUUGGGGAUAUGGUUGUGCUGAACGUCAGUCACCGGGAGUAUAUACACGAGUUGAUCAUUAUUUACAUUGGAUCAAUCGUGCUAUAAUGAGAAAUCAUUCAUCGAUUAUUAUUUUCAAUCAUUACCUUUUUCUCAUUAUUGCCAUCCCCGUUAUACUCAAUUAUUAUUUUAUAUUAUCAUUAAAUAUUUAACACGAAUAAAAACUGGAUAAAUUAUACCUUAAAUAACAUGUAAAAAAUUAUAUUCAUAAUUGUCCUUAAUG